AUGGCAGUAAGAGCAAUAGCUACAGAAUCAGAUUAUUCAAUUCCUUAUUUGAUAUUGAUUAUCUUCUUAUAACCUUUAAAUCAUUAUAUAUUUUAUACAAUGAAGAAAAAAUAAUGCUCAUAGUUAACUUAAACUUUAAAUAAACAAAUAAUAUAAUAAACUUCAUAAGAAUAAAUGUAAUAUAUCUCCAAUGAUAGUAAAAUUGAUAAUUUAAAAUCUGAUCUAAAUGAAAGUGUAAUCGUUAAUAUAAUUAAUUAAGAUUUGGAAAAUCCUAGAUUAUAAUAAGAACAUAAAUCUAUAUGUACAAAUAAAGAAACUAUUUAAAAAAGAAUAAUCAUUAAAAAAUAACCUUUAAAUAUGUAGAAAACUAGAAAAUAUUCUUAUCAUUCAUUUAAGUAAGAUCCUUAAAAAUUAGAAAGUCAUGUGGAUUCUAAAUACUCUGAUUUAGUAUCAAUAAUGAGUAAUCUUCCAUUUGGUACAAUUUUUGUUGAUCAAUAGUUAAACAUUUUAGAUUAUAAUUAAAAAGUGAUCUAAUAAUUAGGAAUUACAAAUCCAAACAAUAUAAUUCCAUUUUUAGAUGAAGCCAUAUAAAAGUAUAUUAUUUCAUUAAUUAUAAAAGAAGUGCUGAAAUUUAAGAAAUUCGUUCUAUUAAAAAAAUUAAAAAACCAACAUUACCAAAGAAAAUGUCACUGUUUUAAUAGGCUUCCAUUAAUUUUUAAAAAAGGUAAUUUGAUGAUUAGAUUCCAGAAGUAUCUUCUCAAUUUUUUAAUUUUGAAUCCUAACCAAAAGUGGAUAAUGAAAGUUAGCAAGAAGGAAAUUUAAAAUCACUUUUUCUUAAAUUUUAGAAAAUUUAUUAAAGCUAAUAAACAUAAUCUUCUAGAGAAACAUUUUAAUUUAUUUUAAGAUUAGAUUUAAUGAAUGGUUCUUAAUAUAAGUCUAAAUAUAAAUGUUUAAAACUUAAGAUUUUUUAAGUUGAUGGAUAUUCAAAAUUGGAAUCUAAUGUUUAUUUAUUUGUGUUAGAAAAUAUUACAAAAAGAGAAGAAUUUAAAUUACUUAAUCAUAAAUAUAAAUUCUAAUAAGCACUUUUAAAUUCGUUAUGUCAUGAAUUAAGAACUCCAAUAAAUAGUGUAAUUUCUUAAUUAUUUGCAUUAAAAGAUGAAUUAACAGCUGAAUUAAUAGAAUCUCAUCUAAAUCCUGCAAUUGUUUCAACUAAAAGAUUAUAAUAUUAAUUAAAUGAUAUUUUAGAUUAUGCUUAGAUUCAAUGUAAAUCAUUGAAUCUUAAUAAAUCUUGCUUUUUAUUAGAGGAAAUUUUUGAAUAAUUGAAAGAACUAUUUUUUUUUGAAUGUAUUUAGAAAUAAAUCUAAUUAAUAAUAGUAGAUAAUCAUUAAAUUAGAUUAUAUACAGAUAAAGAACGAUUACUUAGAGUUUUUAUAAAUUUAAUUGACAAUUCUGUUAAAUUUACAAACAAAGGAGGAACAAUAAAAGUUUCAUCAGAAAUAUAUAAAGAUUAGUUUAAAUUCAUUGUCUAUGAUGAUGGAUAAGGUAUAAAAGAUGAAAUCAUUGAAAAAAUUUAAGAAUAAGCAGAAAUUUUGUUUUAAGACUCUAUUUAAUAUAAUUCAAAUAAAUUAGGUUUAGGAUUAAGAAUAUCAAUGUUACUUUCAAAAUAUUUAUAUAAAGAGCAAAAAUUCUAAAUAGAUUCGAAAUUUAAUUAAUAUACAAAAGUAAGUUUUCGAUUGUCAACUUUAAUAGAAAAUUGUUCAUUAGAAUUUUAAAUGGUUAGAUAAAUAUCUCGGCUUGAAAAAUAUUGUGAAUGUAGUAAAAUAUUGAUUGUAGAUGAUAUAAUUUGUAAUCAUUUUGCUCUUUAAGUCUUAUUGAAAAAAUUUAAAGUGAAAACUGACAGCGCUUAUAAUGGUGAUUCUGCAAUUGAAUUAGUAGAAUAAAGAUUAUAAUAAAAAUGCUGUUAAACUUAUCGAUUAAUUUUUAUGGAUAUUGAAAUGCCAUAGAAAAAUGGAUUUCAAGCAUCUUCGGAAGUAUAUAAAAAUAUCAUCCAUUUAGAUAUCAUAAAAAUUAAAAUUAAAAUCUCUUAAUGACGAAUGCAUAAUUACCAUGUAUUCUGCUUAUUCAGGGGAUGAAGAUGUUGUAAUAGCAAGUGAAUGUGGAAUGAAAGAACGAAUUUCAAAACCUACAGAUAUCUAAAAACUAGAGCACAUUAUAAAUAAGUAUUUACUUUGA